CACCUCACACACACACACACACACUCACACACACUCAAACUCUCCUCCAGCUCCACCUCCACCAUGGCAGCCUCCACCCUGUCCGUCUGCUCCAGCGACCUGAGCUAUGACUGUCCAGAGAGCUGCUGCGAGCCCCCCUGCUGUGCCCCCAGCUGCUGUGCCCCGGCUCCCCGCCUGACCCUCCUCUGUGCCCCAGUGAGCUGCGAGUCCAGCCCCUGCUGCCAGUCAGCCUGCAGCAGCUCUUGCCCAGCCUUGUGCUGCCAGCAGUCUAGCUGCCAGUCCUCCUGCUGCACCUCCUCCCCCUGCCAGCAGGCCUGCUGUAAGCCUGUCUGCUGCAGGCCUGUCUGCUGCACACCUCUCUGCUGCAGGCCCGUCUGCUGCACACCUGUCUGCUGCACACCUGUCUGCUGUGAGGCCUCCCCCUGUUCUACCUCCUCAUGUUGCCAGCAGUCCAGCUGCCAGCCCUCCUGCUGCACCUCCUCCCCCUGCCAGCAGGCCUGCUGUGAGCCCGUCUGCUGCAGGCCCGUCUGCUGCACACCCGUCUGCUGUAAGGGUUCCUCCUGCUGCAGACCCUCCUCCUCCGUCCCCUGCUGCCAACCAGCCUGCAGCAGCUCCUCUCCCUGCCAGCAGGCCUGCUGUGUACCUGUCUGCUGCAGGCCCGUCUCUUGCGUACCUGUGUGCUGCAGGCCCGUCUGCUGCAGGCCCGUCUGUUGCACCCCUGUCUGCUGCAGGCCCGUCUGCUGCAGGCCUGUCUGUUGCACACCUGUCUGCUGCAGGCCCGUGUGCUGUGAGGCCUCCCCCUGCUCAGCCCCCUCAUCCUGCUGCAGACCCUCCUCCUCCGUGUCCCUCUUCUGCCGUCCCGUGUGCCGCCCCACUUGCUGCGUGCCUACGUUCUUCUGCCAGCCCAGCUGCUGCCGCCCAGCCUCCUCUGUGUCCCUCCUCUGCCAACCCUCAUGCUCCACCCCAGCCUGCUGAGUCCCCACCUGGGUCUGGGAGCCUUACUGCUGACCUGACAUGUCCCUUUGGAGCCAGCAGGUUCCAGGGAUCCUGUCCUCCAUCAGACACACUUGAGCUCCCUGAGCCCCCUGGCUUGCUCGGCCUGUCUUCCCCAAGUCUGGCUCAGCGCACGGAAAAGUCCAGACCCCACCACACCCCAGCCUUGGCCAAGCUCUGGGGGUCUGACCUGCUCAGGGAACUCCUCUCCUGACCUUGGCCCGUGAGUGCCCUGGCUGAUCCAUACCUGCUUCCUUGAUCCCUGGUCAUCCUGGGCCCUGUUGACCCUGGUCCUGGCCUGAGCAGUGUCGCUGUGCAUCUCUGAGCACCAAUAAAAUUUCUGCUCCCCUCA